CGGGCUGCCUUCCUGGUUGACCGCCGGUCGUGGUUUAGUAGAUGUAGAUGUAGUAGCGGCGAGGCGGACGAAGCAGAAGGAGAGGGCAAUUAGUGACGCCUCGCUCCGUCUUUCCUCGAGGGAUUGAUUGGAGGCAGCGAGGGAGGGAGGGAAGGACGACGAAGGGUUUGUGUUUGCCGCUUUGCUGCUGCUGCUUCGGAUCGUGGAAAAGGUUGUCUGUGUACGUGCGUAUCUUUGACGUCGUGGACUGGAGCGAGAAAUUCUGGACACCAGUGCCAAAGGGCACCAACAAGCGGAAGCGGAGGAGGUAGGGGAGGGGGCGCGGGCAGGGAUUCGGAAGCGCGACUGGUUGGUGUCGAGAGGGAGGGAGGGAGAGUGAGAGUGAGUGAGCGUGCGUGUGCGUAUUUGUGAGUGUGUGUGUGAUAAACCUCGCGGGGAGGGGGUGGAUUGAGGAGUUCGUGGAGGUGGAGGGGAGAGAGACGGGCGGAGUGGAGCAGAUCUGUCACAAUUGGGGAGCGGGAGCGGAGGAUUCGAGAUGGGGAACGGAGGGAAUUUCGAGAUACCGCAGGAUGUAUUGGCGGUGCUUCCAUCGGACCCGUAUGAACAGCUCGAUUUGGCCCGGAGAAUCACCGCCAUGGCUGUGGCGGAGAGGUUGUCGAAGCUAGAGGGGGAGACGGGAAAGCUGAGAGCCAAGUUGGCGGAGAAGGAUUUAAUUAUCACUGACCUGAACGACCGCGUGAUAGAUGCCGAGACCACUCUGCAAGAGACCACCGCUCGCCUGUCCUCGGCUCUGGAUGAGCAAGCGAAGCUGACGAAUGAGAGAAACCUGCUCGUGAACACCGUGAAGAAGCUCAAUCGCGAUGUGGCCAAGUUGGAAACCUUUAAACGAACGCUCAUGCAAUCUUUGCAAGAAGACGACGACGGUGGCCACAAGUCGUCCGAGUACGGGGGUCAUGCAUCGGUGGCCGCUCUCGUGGCCAGCGAGGCCAAGAAAACGCCCAACUCCGAUUCCUGGAUGAACAACAGGGGCCACAUGUGGAACGAAGAUAAUGACAGCGAAAACCUGAGCCAAGGAGGCGCGCCUGCCCCUGCAGACCUCGGCGUGCCUGCGGCAGGUAAUCAGGAUGUUAAGCACUUGGAGAUGGAUGCACCCACCAAACAAUCUAACACUUCCCACACGCCUCCUUUGCCGCCCCAAACGUAUGCACCCGUCCCGACGCCUCCUCAACCAAUCUCUCAGCCACCGCCGAAUGAAUCCUCGAGAUGGCAAUCUGCAGGUUCGCCGGAACGACCGCCACCCCAAGAGAGCAGCAAGGUGCCGCUGCCCCUGUCUCUGCCUUCCAGCCGGUCCACCACGGCGCCCAACUCUCCGCCGAACGUCAACUCCACGCCCGGACGCACUCCUCGUGUCGACGGCAAGGAAUUCUUCAGGCAAGCGAGGAAUCGGCUGUCGUACGAGCAGUUCAGCGCCUUUCUGGCCAACAUCAAGGAGCUCAAUGCGCAUCGGCAAACGCGCGAGGAGACUCUGAGGAAAGCAGACAAGACGUUCGGACCCGAUAACAAGGACCUGUAUAUUGCAUUUGAUGGGCUUCUGAGUCGCCAUCUCUCAUCUUAAAAGGUCGGUGAAGAGGGCAAUACCCAGAGUGGACUGUAAUAAAGCUGUCGUCUAGCUGUUGAGGUUCUGCAAGUCCUAGUAUAUGUAGGAUGGAUGGGCACAUGGUUCUUCAAGUCCUACUAUAACCAGGAUGGAAGGUAUACAUGGUCCUAGGAGGCCAAGCGUAUGUGCAGUAAUUUUUUUCUGUGCCCGCAUAUUCGUCUCCUUGGUCAUAUGCUCCGUCUCUUCUAUCUGUGCUCCUUCGUCAGGUGUCCACGUUUGCCGUCAAUAAAAGCGGGAUUCAGGUGAGGGUGCUGGAUCAAGGGAGAUUAUUGUGCUUGGAGCCGUCACGAGUCCUGGGUGUGGCUCACAAGCCAUCACUGCAACUUCCAUUCUGGCGGAAGUUGAGAGUGGGGCUGGCUGACGUUUAUGUUAGGCAAACCGGAGGAUUAGUUUCAGUCUCUUGAUCAACAAGGGAACUGUGUUCCUCAGAACAAGCAGCUUUGCAUUCUGAAGGUGAUUGAUGUUGAUUGAUCCCAAUUGUAGCUACUGGGAUCAGAGGGGUAAGGUUCACAGCAUUGAAGGUCUGGGGACUGCACUAGCGUGAUGGCUGAACCAUUACGUCAACUUGUCAGACAUGCUCGCUAUCUUCGCGAGCAGGCUUGAUUGUUGUAACCUGCCACUUCUGCAAGUUGCUAGUUCUGAAGUGUGUCCUCGAUGAUGGAAAGGUUUCGAAGCAACCUAAUUGCAAUAGAUGGAGAAACUGCAGUGCUGCCACGUAGGGAUUCAGAGGGAGAUUUCUGCACACGCUGUGUUACCGCUACUAUCUGCACAACAACUGUUUUGGUGGAGUGUCCACUUAUGAUCGAAUCACAUUGAGUAACGUCGUUACGACUCUGUAUGAAAGUGUGCGCAAUUUAACUAAGUGUAUCAUAUCUGAGGGAUCCACUCAGAUUAUUACUAUCGAUUGUUUCGGGCCACUGUCGUAGCCACGCCUAUUAAAGCUUUGAAAGA